AUGGACCGAAAACAUGACUGGCAGAGAAACGUAUGGUCCAAACAGAUAGUGGAUCGUAUCAAGGUUACAUCACGCGCUACCAUAAAUCUUCGCUCGACCUAUGGCGUAUUACAAUCAAUUAACAAGGAACUACUUUGCUACUUUUCUCCAUACUAUCAUGCGGCCUUACAUGGUCGAUUCGCCGAAGCUCAUCAGAAGAUUUUCCAGGUCGACCUCACCGGAAAACAGCUUCACGUUUUCGUGAACUGGGUUCACACUGGUCGACUUGAGCUGCAUAGCUGGGAUCGAGAGGAUCGUGUAAAACUCUAUAUCUUUGCCGACUACGUGGAUAUCCUGGCUUUGCGCCGUCAAAUUUUGACCGAGCCGGACAGGAUGGAGAAGUACCGCGAGGUGGGUGUGGUUAUGUCAUCUCUCCCAAGCACAUCUCCAUUCCGCAUGCGCAUAGCCGAUCACUAUGCUAUGCAUUGGGAGCCAGAAGAUGACAAGCACGACCCGGUUGACGCCCUCGAUGUCACCCUACACCGCGAGUUUCUCGAUGAUAUCGAGAAGAGUGUCGUCAGAGCAAAGGCCAUGAAACUCGCUGGAUGUCCAUGCUGCGGCAACCCGUGUCGUUAUCACGAACACGCCAGCGAGGAAGAAUGGAGAGCGACUUGCGGACAGCUGCCAACGUCGAGGCAGCCCGAGGAACAAUACUACAUCAACAGUGGUAACAGAGCGAUGAAGGCCAGACCAGACAUUAUCCCGUAA